CUUUCAUUCUGCCGGAUUUGAUUCUUUAGUGUUCGCGCCUUCCCAAGCGUUUCGUUUCAGCAACUAGUCUCUCUUUGGAAGAAAGCGGGAAGAGCUUGUUAUGACAACAGUCGUUUGAAUUAACGAACAUAAGUGCAAAAUAAUCACUUUGAAUACGCUAAAGGAAUGGCUCCAAACAAGACCUUUUACGAUAUAGGCGAGUCUGUUUUCGGCUUGUGGCCUGGUAGUGGGGGACUGUAUUUCAAAGGUGUUAUCGUCGCUUUUAAUCCAGUCGAUCGAACUUACGAUGUGAAAUUUGAAGAAGGAACCACUUAUACCUUGCUUAAAAAACAUGUUUCACCAGUUGACAGCUUUAGAGCCUUAGAACCAAAAUCUGCCCAGCGUGGAGAGAAGAAGACAAGAGGCCGACAAAGAUCUGGCAGUAGAAGCCGGAGUCGCAGCAGAACUCCAGGGAGAAAACCUAGAGGAAAAUCUCCUGCAAAUGAAAGCAAUUAUUCUGUCAGAACAUCUUCUAGACAAAACAAUAUAAAGAAUGAGUCUAAAAUCAAGCAAUCACCUGAAACUGAAUUUACCAAUCUGAAAGUUAAAAUGGAAUCUAAAGAAGAUGGGAAUGACUCAACAUCUUCAACUAGACGUUCACCCAAAGUUAGAUCAAUGACAAAAAAAUUCUAUGGUAUAGUAGAUGAAGAAGAAUCUUGGGAAGAUAUGCGCCUUUCUAGAAGAAAAUCUUCUCGCUUAGCUACAAAAACUAAGGAAUCCACACCUGUAAAUCAACUAGACAAUGAUGUCUAUUCAGAUGAAGGUAGCUCCAAUGAAAUGAGCCUUAAACCAAAAGGGAAUGAACAAACAAAAGAUGCUCCAAUUACAAAUGAUGUUGCUUCUGGUCCACAAAUGAGUGCAGGGAAUGGGGAACAAAUUGAACCUCUUAGUUCAUUUACAGCCACUCUUACAACUAUUUUUCUUGGCAAUCUUCCCUUGGCACUUUUCCUUUACCUGAUUUGUAAAGAAAAUAAAUGCCUUUUCGAAGGCAUGCCUCGGUUUGCUUUUGCAGAUCUCUUGUCCAUGUACAACCCUUUUGUAUCCUUCUGCAUCGAAUCAUUUUAUCUUGCCAUUUUUUUACUUUCGAUGUUGCCCACUGGAAAAGUUGUUAAGAUUGGCGAGGGUCAACUUUUCCGUCGAAACUCUAUUGUAAGCGCCAUCAUAAUGAUUUCUUCUCUUCUUGCCAUAAUGCAUUACUUGAAAAUUUCCGCUUCAAGUAUCUUGACACAUUUUCCUCAAUUUGUAAUCCCAAAUUUUGCCGUAAGUUUCGUUUUCGCCUUUGUUGUUUCUUUCCGAGAAAGGCACAACCGCCAUAGCGAUACCGGCAUCCUAUCCCAUUUUGUCUUUGGUUCUUCGUUGAAUGCCACGAUAGCAAAUGUGAACGUCAAAGUUUGGGUACAUCGCGCGGUUUUCAUCACUGUCAUCGCCCUCAAUUGCCUAGUUUUGGUUGCAAAUUUUGAAAAGAAUCAAGUUCUUUCUCCAACCCUGGCUUUUGUUGCUGCUAUGCAAAUGAUUUUCGCUCUUGAAGCUCUUUGGAACGACACUCAUCUCUUUCACAGCUUCGACUUUAAUCAAGUGAAGAUUGGUUGGAUGUAUUUAACGAUGAACACUUAUCCUCUCGCGACAUUCCUCAUAACACUCAGCGCCAUCAACUCUGAGCUCGAAUUGUCAUAUCUUGUACUUGCUCCAAUCGGAAUUCUAUUUUUGAUUGGACUUUGGGUUAAAGCGGGAAGCAACUCGCAACUCGCAGCCUUUAUUGAGAAUCCUGAACAUCCCUCGUUUUCCAAAAUGGAAAGUUUAACUUCCUCAUCCGGAAAGCUACUCAUUUCUGGCUGGUGGGGAUGGUUACGUCAUCCAGAUUUCCUCGGAGAUAUAAUCAUGCACUGGGCAUUCGUUUUGCCUUGCGGUGGUAUGUUCCUACCUUAUGCGGUGGCGAUAUUUGCCACUGUUUGUUUUGUUUACCGAACAAAAGAAAGCGACUUGGCAGGAAAACUGAAGUAUGGACCAUCUUGGGAUCGAUAUUGUCAACGCGUGCCGUCUCGUGUAAUUCCACGAGUAUUUUAAGACGACAACAAAUCUUCCUAGAUUAGAUAUUUUUCUUUUUCAUUAUUUUUCAGUUUGCGACCCCCUAUAUAUGCUAAAUGGGUAACUGUUCUUUAUGUUUUCUUAUUAACUAGCGAUGUGUUUUUUCCACUUAGAAAUUUCAUUUGCGAAAGCGAUGCCAUGUGGUUUCAAAUUACUGAUUGUUUUUUUUUUGGUUUGUUUUGGGAAAAACUUUCGUCGUUUGUAGCCUCUAACCACCCGGUUGUCAAUGCUUCCUUCACUAUCUUGCGCUCAAAUUGUUACAUAGAAAGUAAAACAAAAAAGACAACAAAAAACAUUAGCCAAUUAGCCAUAAUAUGAUGAACAAAAAGUGGAUUGAUCUCACGCAAUUAUACCUGAUGGUUAACUUCCAACAAUUGUGGACAAAAACUGUUACCUUACCCCAGCAUCACUCAACUUACUGUUCACGCGACAUACACUGUAUUUUUGACUUAAAUUGAAUUAUGGCUGAAUAAAUGUGUCAGUUGUUCCUCGGCUGCUUAUAAGCAGUUGGAUGCGGAAAGUUUAUAAUAA